AUGACGAGCUCGAUUGCCAUUAAUCUCCCUUUCCUCACUUUCUCUCUCCUCAUUGCUCUGUUGUCCUCUGUUUCUUCCGCUCUAAACAGAGACGGUGUUCUCUUGCUCUCAUUCAAAUACUCCAUCAUCGGCGAUCCUCUAUCCGUCCUCCAGACAUGGAACUACGACGACGCAACUCCCUGUUCCUGGACCGGAGUCACCUGCACCGACCUCCGAGUCACCGAUUUGGUCCUUCCCAAGAGCCAGCUUCUGGGCUCGAUUUCUCCCGACUUGGGCCUAAUCGAGCGCCUCCGCCACGUUGAUCUCUCCAACAACUUCUUGAACGGCUCGCUGCCUGGUUCCUUCUUCGGCUCGAACGAGCUGCAAGUGAUUUCCCUCUCCGGGAACGAGAUCUCCGGCGGACUGCCGGAAUCAAUCGGCGGGAUGAAGGGUUUGCAGGUGCUGAAUCUCUCUGACAAUGCGUUGGCGGGUAAUGUGCCGAGGAAUUUGAGUGGUCUUCAGAAUCUGACCGUUCUCUCACUGAAAGCUAAUUACUUCAGUGGAUUUGUCCCGAGUGGGUUUGGUUCCGUCGAACUGCUCGACUUCUCUUCCAAUUUGUUGAACGGGUCUCUGCCGUUGGAAUUCGGAGGGGAGAAGUUGCGGUACUUGAACCUCUCUUACAACAAGCUCACUGGAUCAAUCCCACCGGAGUUCGGAAAGAUGAUUCCGGAGAAUGCUACCCUCGACCUCUCCUUCAACAAUCUCACCGGAGAGAUACCGGAGGCUGUUUCGCUGUCGAAUCAGAAAACAGAGCAUUUUAAAGGGAAUGUGGAUCUCUGCGGAAAGCCGCUCAAGAACCUCUGCUCGAUUCCUUCAACUCUCUCGUCUCCGCCCAACGUUUCGACGACAUCUCCAGCUAUCGCCGUGAUCCCCAAGCCGUUAGAGUCCUCGCCGGAUUCAAACUCAUCCGGCGACCCGAACCCGACCAAAACCCAAGCCCAAACUCAGAACAAUGGGCUAAAACCAGGCACAAUCGUCGCCAUAGCCACCGCUGAUUUAGCCGGAAUAGGCGCCCUAGCACUCAUCAUCCUCUAUGUCUACAAAAUCAAAAAGAAGAAGGCUGCCACAGCCGCCGCCGCUGCCGCUUCGGCUGAAUCCGGCGAAGGAAAGCCCCCUAGCAAACAGAGCAAAAUUAUACAAAUCCCAUCGGAAUCCAUCAUCAUCAGCACAUCACUCGACGAAGAACCCAAAAGACGGUGGGCGUCGUGCCUGAAGGGCAACAUCGGAGGAGGGGAAACAUCGGAAUCGGCGAAUUCGUCUUCCGACAGCGAUCGGGAAGACCGGAGCAGUCCACAGAGACUAGGAGGAGCCGCCGGGAGCAAUAGCGGCGUCGGCGGGGGAAAGCUGGUGAUGGUGGACGGGGAGACGGAGAUGGAGAUGGAGACGCUGCUGAAGGCGUCUGCGUACGUUCUGGGCUCGAGCGGCGGAGGGAGCAUCGUGUACAAGGCGGUUCUCGCAGACGGUACGGCGUUCGCCGUGAGAAGGAUCGGGGAGAUUAGCGGCGGAGCGGCGGGGAAGGGGAUGAAGGAAUUCGAAGGGCAAGUGAGGGCGAUCGCCAAGCUUCGGCAUCCGAAUUUGGUGAAAGUGAGAGGGUUCUGCUGGGGAGAUGAUGAGAAGCUCUUCAUCUGUGAUUACGUCUCCAAUGGCAGCCUCGCCACUUGUGGUUACAGGAGGGUAGGAGCAUCGCCAUGUCACCUACCACUAGAAGUCCGGUUGAAGAUAGCAAGAGGGUUAGCCCGAGGGCUAGCCUUCCUCCACGAGAAGAAACAAGUCCAUGCCAACAUCAAGCCUAGCAACAUCUUGUUAAGCCAAGACAUGGAGCCCAUCAUCUCCGACUUGGGCCUGGACCGGCUCAUAUACGGCACCAGCAAGGCCGGCAACGGCUCCUCGAGCCGACACUUCGGUAGCAGCCAGAGGUCGAUGGUUGGUACAACGACGUCACUGGACAACCACAUGAUGGCGGGUACCGGUAGUAAUGUUAAUGUCGCCAACAAUAAUGGUAUGAUGAUAGCUGCCAGUCCCUACGCCACACCCAACUCUUCAGUCGUUGCGGGUCCCUCCCCUUACCAGGCGCCCGAGUCUCUGAAGAACUUAAAACCAAACUCCAAAUGGGAUGUCUACUCGUUCGGGGUCGUGUUGCUGGAGCUCCUGACGGGGAGGGUGUUCACCGAGCGGGAGCUGAGCCAGUGGGCGCCCACCACGUGUUCUGAGGAUCGGAGCUGGAUGUCCAGACUGGCUGACGUGUCGGUCCGGGGCGAGGUGGAGGCCAGGGAAGAGGCGGCCAUGGUGGCAUGUUUCAAGUUAGGGUUUAGUUGUGCUUGCCUUGUGCCACAAAAGAGACCGUCCAUGAAGGAAGCGGUGCAAGUGUUGGACAAGAUCCCUUCCCAUGCCCACUACGUCCCUCACUUUGUUGUUCAAAGCUAA